AUGGCUUCCGACGACGAAGAAGUCCGAGACCGUUCCGCUUCUCCCUCGCGCGAACCUCACCCGAAGAAGGCGAAAACAGGCGGCGGCUUCAAAUGGAAAGACACGAAGAAAGCUCGCUCUGCGGAUGAAGAGCGCAGCAGCGGCGGCGGGGGCAGGUUGGAGCGGGGAUAUCGGGAUCGUUCACCGAGGAGGGAGAGGGAGAGGGAGAGGGAGAGGGAGAGGGAUAGUUAUCGGGAGCGGGAGCGGGGACGGGAUGAGGAUAGAAGAAGAAGAGAUGGGUCUCCGCGACGUGGGAACGACGGAGGAGCAGGAGGAGGAGGAGGAGGAGGAGGGGGGGAUAGCUAUCGACCAGCCGCAAAGAAAGAAGAAGAAGAAGAAGAAGAAGAAGAAGGAGGAGACAAGCCCGAAUCCUCCACCACCACCACCACGACCGGAAAAGAAGAAAACAAGACGAAGGCCAAGAAGAAGGACAAGAAGCCAAAAAAGGACAAACCCCCCAAACCCCUCACCUCCUCCGAACCCAUGAUCAUCGUCCACAUCAACGACCGUCUGGGCACCAAAGCCGCGAUCCCAUGCCUGGCGAGCGACAGCGUUAAGGCGUUCAAAGCCAUGGUGGCCGCGCACAUCGGACGGCAACCGCAUGAGAUUCUGAUCAAGAGGCAGGGCGAGCGGCCGUUCAAGGAGCAGUUGACGCUGGAGGAUUAUGGGGUGAGUAGUGGCGUGCAGUUGGAUUUGGAGUUGGAUACGGGGGAUUGA